GUAAGCCUACAGGGGGCCGCCACGGCGCUGUAGCUGCGCGCUGCGGCUCCCUAAGCGUACCCAAGGGACCGCCUGGAAGCGUGACUCGAACGUCUUUGUCUGUGGGCUACUUGGCAUUGCGUGCAACACGCAAUGCAACAAAACUGACGCCGUUUCCUCUUUUGGGCUGCCCGGGCACCUGGCAUCUUUCUUCUUCUUCACUUCAACCACCAGUCUUCAGAUUCCCCAAACCAAAAAAAAAAGAGAUUCCCGUCUUUGUUUUGUUUUAAUUUUUCUUUCAAUCAUCGUCACAGCAAAGGUAGUUGAUCUCCUUGCUACUAUUAUUCACUACCACCACAUCAUCAUCCACGCCCUUUUGUGACAUCCUGUCGUGAACAUCACUGACAGCCUUGCUCACACUAGCACACGCAGACAUCGAGAAUGCACUCGGCGCCCUAGGCAUCUAAGCGCCUCUUCUUCUUGUCAUUGUUACGCCCUAGCACCAUAGACCCACUGCCUCUAUAUCCUUCCUCUUCCUCUACUUUCAUCAUGUCGGCCAACAUCAACCUCGACGACUUUGUCCUCUGGGACAAAACUACCGAGCUUGCCAAUGCCCACUCUCACAACAGCAACAACAACCAAGGCGCCGAUAACAUUGACCUUGUCUUGUCAAACGUCCAAGAGGACGACUUUAGCUUCUGCGCCCUAGAGCACUUCUCUACCAACGCAGACGCCGCCAUGCACUUGCAGACCAACAUUGACCCGGCUCUUGUCAAUGCCGCCGCCGCUGCCACCACUACUAGCCAGCAACAGCAGCCUUGGUAUGAGAGCUCCAAGAACCCUUGCACUAGCUGUCUCAUUGGAGGCUAUGCUUGCAAGACCAUCCGCGAAGGCCGUCACAAGGGAUUCUGCACCAGCUGUGUUGCGCUGCGCGUAGACUGCAGUCUGGGAACUGUCGACUCAGACUCCGAGGCUUACAACCCACACCCCUUUGCUGGAUUGCCCACCAGCCCUUGGCCUACAGCCCUGAUUGGAGACACUACGUCCAACGGCAUGUCCAUCUUUGGAGAACCCACCAUCAUGGAGAGCACGGGCUCCCUCGCAGACCUGGCCAGCUUGUCUAGCAGUGCCCAGGGUGAGGAUGCUAUUGCCGCUCCCAAGCCUGUUGCUCCGGCCAAGAUUGGUGCUCGCUUCUCCCGCGAGGCUGUGCGAAAGCUCAAAAACUGGCUCUCUAGCCAUCACAGACACCCAUAUCCUAGUGAACAGGAGAAAGAAGUCUUGCAACGGCAGACAGGCCUCAACAAGAAGCAGAUUACCGAUUGGUUGGCCAACGCCAGACGCCGUGGCAAGGUUCACCCUCCUCGAUCGACCUCACCUGCUUUUACGGCGAAGAACUACUCUUCAUCUAUUGAUAUCCCCAGACGCCCGGGAACGCCUGCCCUCGAAGCCAUGAACCCGCUGCAGCGUUGGGCUCACUCUCCCCCAGAGAACGAACCUGCUUCCGCCAAAGAUAUUGCUCGCGCCGUCACAGCCUCUUCAUCGGCGCUGUCUUCUGGCCUCAACAGCCCCUUCAGUGCCAACUACACCGACGACGGAUCCAGCCGCUCGCUGUGCAACCAGUCUUCCAUCAGCAGUGCAGGCACUUCGCAGUCUAGCAACGGCUCUUUCAGCUCCGUCUACUCCCACGGCUCCCGCAACUCUUGGGGCUCAUUGGGCUCUGCCGCUUUUAGCUCUCGCGGCCAUCGUCGCCGCCGCAGAAGAACGGCAACAGCCAAGAAGGAAUACAAGACCGGUCUGACUGCACCAGUCAAGACCUUCCAGUGUACUUUCUGUACCGACACCUUCCGAACCAAGCACGACUGGCAGAGACACGAGAAGUCGCUACACUUGUCCCUCGAGAGAUGGGUGUGCGCCCCCGAUGGCCCUCGCGCCAUCAACCCUGAUACCAACCAGCUCUCGUGCGUCUUUUGCGGGCUGGAGAACCCCGAUGACGCCCACGUCGAGUCUCACAACCACUCUGCCUGUCAGGAGCGCACGCUGGAAGAGCGCACCUUUUACCGAAAGGACCACCUCAACCAGCACCUGCGCCUUGUGCACAACGUUAAGUUUUGCGACUGGUCUAUGCAGCCCUGGAAGGUCGCCACGCCGGAGAUUCGGUCACGAUGCGGUUUCUGUGGAAUUGUUAUGGAUACUUGGACCAUCCGAGUAGACCAUCUCGCGGAGCACUUCAAGACGGGUUAUUCCAUGGCUGACUGGAAGGGUGACUGGGGUUUUGAUAACCCCGUCCUGGACAUGGUUGAAAACUCUAUUCCUCCCUAUCUUAUUCAUCAUGAACGCAACCUUCCUUUGCCGUACAUUGCUCAACAAGCGCCUCCCGAAUCGCCGCGCAACGCCUACGGUCUCAUCAAGUACGAGCUCGCCUACUUCUACAACAACCACUGGGAACAACACGGCCGCCCUCCGACCGAUGACGACAUGACCCUCGAAGGCUGUCGUAUUAUUUUCGCUUCUGAGUUGCUGUCUUUACAAGGCAUCGCCACGCAAGACUCAUGGCUUCGUGAUAUAACCAUGGACUCAGAAGAGCUAACCCAAAAAGCCAAAUUCGGUCCCCUUCGUGGUGCCGCCGAAAGCAGGCUGCAUACACUCAAGAUUAACGGCAAGGACAACUUGUUCGAGCAGUGCCCCAUGGAGUACCAGCUUCACCAAUUUGUCAAGGCCAAACAACUACUGGGCCUGACGCCUAUGGACGACGAGCUGCAGGAGGAAGCCUGCCGCAUCGUUGGCCGUAUUGAAGAGGCUUGCACGCACCCAUCCGAGAUUGUUGCCAACUGGCUGCUACGUCGCAUCAAGUCAUCGACCUCUUGGCUGGCACCGUUUAGACGGCGGUGCCAUUUGCCUCGAAGCGAGGACAUGAAGAGCGAGACGGUCAGAUCCAAAGAUCCCAAAGUCAUUGACUCGACCAUUCACAGCUACUCCCGGCUGGAGUCUGAGUUGGCCGAGUUUUUGAAGCAGCAGCGAAGCAUGGGCAAGGAGCCUACCGACGAGGAUCUGCAGCGCCAGGCUCGUAUCAUUAUCUACGAAUUCGACGACGGAUGGAACCAGACCGCAGCCGACAACAUUGAAUGGCUUCAUGCUUUCAAGUUCCGUCAUCCUGCUGUCAGUUGUUCACCGUCAUCUUCUGGUGCCACCACCACUGCUGCUACUGGAACCUCGCUGAACCAGACACCAUCCACCGGCCCAAGCUCCGUAACUCCAGCCGCCCUGUCGGCGGUGAGCCCAGAGUACCAUAGCUACACUGGACCUAUGCCUCGGGCUAUUCCAUUCUUCCUCAACGAUGCCAACUGCUAUCGCCGUCUAGCCACUGAGCUGAGACGGUGGGUUGCGUCGACCAUGUCGCCAAACAACCCUAGCUGCCACGUUCCAACCGAUGAUGAGUUGAAGCACCAGGCUCGCUGGAUUCUCUAUGAUGAUGACGAUCCAUGGAACCAGACUGCUGCAGACAACUGCGAGUGGCUGGAGCGUUUCAAGCGUGAUGCAGGCAUUACCGCCGCCCCCGGGCCUGGUCUUCCAGAUAGCAAAGCCUGGGCUCUGGAGCAAGGCGGUUCAGGCUUUGCGCCGCCUUACGCAUACCCCAAGGGCCACGUCGACCGGUUCGGCGAAGAUGCACGGGUCAAGGUGCGCCAGGACAAGGAACACACGAAGCCGUUGGCCGCCAGCGGUUCUACUGCGAACCGUUUCCUCAACACAUUGCGCUCGCCUCGCUCCAAGCCUGCCGCCGUGUUUUGCUCGCGUGAGCUGGAGCAAGGUCUCCUUUCGUUUGUAGAAGAGCAUGCUUCUCUGCACGGCUCGCUUCCCACUGAUGAGGCUCUCAUUGCAAAGGGGCGAGAGGUUCUCGAGGUCGAGACUACUGCAGCGGAAGACCCUGUGCUCCUGACCAAGUUCAAGGAGCUUGUUAGAGACAAGAUGCCUGAGCUUGGGUCGGUGUCUGCGCAACCCGCCACGGAGAACAGCGUGCCACUACUUGCACUUACAGAUGCCGAGGUGGACAAUAUGAUGCAAGAGAUGGAGUUUGACUUUGGCGCCGAUUUGAUGGGAUUGGACGACCUGGGUGAUUUUUAGAUUGUGAAAUAUUUUGUUUCUAUGACGACAGGUGUCUAUGACUGACGACCACGAAAAGUUUGUUUGUGUAGGAGUUUUUGUAUUUUGCAUUUUUACACAAAUUGUUUUGUUACCGCGUUUCGAAUCUGUUAAGUUUAUGCGUGGUUAUCAUGGGUUCUAGGUUGCAUAACUGGAGGUUACAUCUUUAUAUAUAUAAACAUAUAAUAAUUAUAUCACUGAAUAUAUACAAGAGGUGCUGCUACAUUUUCUAAUACGGCAACGCCUAAGCUGGCCAUUGCAGAGACUGACAGGACGGCAUUCUGUUGAAUAGGCUUUCUUUUAGGAAGAUUCAAGUAAGAUGAAUAUAUUUAUAGUAUAAUUUAUUUUAUUACAUGUACUGUAGUAUGCAUUGCAAUAUAUCCUUCGGUUGUCUACGAUUCCACGCUUAUUUACAAGCGGGCUGGCCGUUCUGGUAUUUGCAUCCUCG